AUGCUGGGACGGUUAUGUGGGUCAUCGAGACGAUAUGCUACAAGGACUCCGGUAUCGAAGCUAAGAAAUAUUGGUAUUAUUGCACAUAUUGAUGCUGGUAAAACCACAACAACUGAGCGGAUGCUCUACUAUUCGGGGAAGAUUAACAGGAUAGGAAAUGUGGAUCAAGGUGACACGAUCACUGAUUUCUUACCACAGGAAAAAUCUAGAGGUAUUACUAUCCAAAGUGCAGCUAUCUCAUUCAAUUGGCAACGAGAUCACAAAAUAAAUCUGAUCGACACUCCAGGGCAUGCAGAUUUUACUUUCGAAGUUAUAAGAGCAGUGAAGGUUCUUGAUGGGUGUGUUACGAUUCUAGAUGCAGUGGCAGGUGUUGAAGCUCAGACGGAGAAAGUGUGGAAACAGUCACAAGGUUCCCCAAAAGUGUGCUUCAUAAACAAGAUGGAUAGAGUAGGAGCAGGAUUCAGUAGAACUGUUAAGGAGCUAAUUGUAAAGAUGAAAACCCGUGUGGUACUUAUCAAUAUACCUCUAUUUGCUAAGGAUUCCAGCGGCCAGGAAUCCAAACAAGAAGGUGUCAUCGACAUACUAAAUAUGAAGAUGCUUAAGUGGAAUCCCGAGGAUCACGACAAAAUUGAUGUUGUUGACAUAUCUGAGUCUGAUACGGAGGUUUACGACCAACUCUUAAAGUGUAGAGAGUCUAUGAUUGAAACUCUUGGCGAAUCUGAUGACGAAUUGGUAGAGUAUUUCCUGGACCAAGCAGAAGGGGAUUAUUUGAAAGUACCCGCAAAUAUUCUGAAUGGCUCGAUUAGAAAAGCUACUCUGAAUCAUUUCGUCACGCCUGUUCUGUGUGGAGCAUCAUUUAGGAAUAUUGGCGUACAACCACUCUUAGACGCGGUAGUUAACUAUCUGCCGUCACCAGUCGAAGCAACAUUUCCACAAAUCAAUCACCCGAGCUUACCAAUGAAGGUAGAUCCCAAUUCGGGGAUCAUUCUGAACAACAACAAAAACCUAUGCGUCGCGUUAGCUUUUAAAGUUAUCACGGACCCUAUCAGAGGAAUCAUGGUCUUUGUGAGAGUGUACUCUGGGAAAUUGCACAAUGGGAAUACUGUAUAUAAUUCUAGCACAGAAAAGAAGUUCAAGAUCGGUAAAUUGGUUGUGAUGCAUGCUAAUAUCUACGAGGAAGUAUCUUCACUGAAUGCAGGAGAGAUUGGGGUAUUAGUCGGGGCCACAGUUGCAGAAAAUGUAUCAACGGGUGAUACUAUUGUUACCCAUUCACUUAAGAAAGAUGGGCUAAGGUCACUAGAUCGGAAGAAAGAGCUUACGCUAAAGAUCAACCCUAUAGCUAUCCCUCCACCUGUUUUCAGCGUCUGUAUUGAACCUCGAACGCUUGGUAAUAAAAAGUCCAUGGAAGAUGCACUGGCGACGUUGAUCAGAGAGGAUCCAAGCUUUCACGUUACCUAUGACGAAGAGACUGGUCAAACUUUACUGAGCGGAAUGGGUGAAUUGCACUUGGAGAUUGCGAAGUACAAGCUCAUUAAUGAAUUGCAUGCCGAUGUGGAAAUAGGUAGAGUAAUGGUCUCAUAUAAAGAGACACUAAAUUUGCCAACAAAAGAGGAGACGACAAAAACGGACUCUGGAUAUAGUUUUACUUUGUCGAUUGUGCCACUACCACUUCAUGAGGACACACUUGACGUUGUGGCUCGUGCACAACAUGAGACAUGGUACCCACUGGGAAGUGACAAUAAUUACUUGAUCAUGGAGAAUCACCAAAAUUACACAGCGGAGGAAGACUGGAAUUUCCAGAUUUCAUACCAGGCGGUUAUUAAUGCUUUGGUUUCCAGCUCAAUAGUAGCAUUGCAAAAAGGCGGUAAAAUUGCUAAUUUCCCCCUUCAUUCCUGUGCUGUCAGGUUAAAAGGGAACUGGACUUUACCACUUGAUAUUGAAAACCCGUCGGAGAUUUUAUCACUCUCUAGAAAACUUUCGCUUAAGAUUAUAUCAGAAGUAUCACAGAAUGAUUUUUCCGUUUUGGAGCCUGUAAUGAACCUCGAAAUCUCUGUACCGCAGAGGGACAUGGGUUCGAUUAUCCAGGAUUUGACAGGAUCUCGCAAUGCCAACAUAUUAUCGAUAGAUGACGACAGUGCUGAUCCCAAUGGUGAUAAGACGGGUGUAGAAUACCAAGAAAUUGCGCAACACCAGUACUUGCCUCCUGAUUUGACGUUGAAGAGUGCCAAUCUGGGUGACGAAAGUGCAAGUAUGAAGUCUAUCAAAGCCCAGGUACCCCUAAGAGAUAUGGUAUCCUACACAAGUAAAUUCAGAAGUUUGACACAAGGUAGAGGCACAUUUCACAUGGAUUAUUGUGGGAUGGAUAAAGUGAAUGCGGAUCGCUUAAACUCUAUUAUAAACGAGUGA